AAAAUGUUAGGUGGAAAUCACUCCACAGUGACUGAAUUCAUCCUUUCUGGAUUAACAAUAGACCUGCAGCUGCCCCUCUUCCUGCUCUUCCUCAGAAUCUAUGUGGUCACAAUGGUGGGGAAUUUGGGCAUUAUCUUCCUGAUAUUAUUUAGCUCCCAUCUGCACACCCCCAUAUACUUCUUCCUCAGCAGUCUGUCCUUCAAUGAUCUCUGCCAUUCUGCUAUCAUUACUCCAAAAAUGCUGAUGAACUUUGUGACAGAGAAGAAUGUCAUCACCUACCCAGGAUGCAUGACUCAGCUCCACUUCUUCCUUGUUUUUGCUAUUGCAGAGUGUCACGUGUUAGCUGUUAUGGCCUAUGACCAUUAUGCUGCCGUCUGUAACCCCUUGCUUUACAAUGUUACCAUGUCCUACCAAGUCUGUUCUUGGAUGAUGUUUGGAGUAUAUAGUAUGGGAUUGAUUGAUGCCAUGGCCCACACAGUCUGCAUGCUAAGAGUGCAUUUCUUCAAGGCAGAUAUAAUAAACCACUAUUUCUGUUAUCUUUUUCCACUGCUGGAACUCUCUUGUUCCAAUACUUUUAUUAAUGAUGUAGUAGUUCUGUGUUUCAGUGUUUUUAAUAUCUUUUUUCCACCCUUAACCAUUGUGAACUCUUAUAUUUUCAUCAUUGCCAGCAUCCUCCGUAUCAAAUCUGCUGAUGGCAGGUCCAAAGCCUUCAGCACCUGCAGCUCCCACAUGUCAGCUGUUGCUGUCUUCUUUGGUUCUCUGGCAUUCAUGUACCUGCAGCCAUCCUCAGCCAGCUCCAUGGAACAAAAGAAAGUGUCAUCUGUGCUUUACACUAUGGUUGUGACCAUGUUGAACCCCCUGAUCUACAGUCUGAGGAAUAAAGAUGUCAAGACUGCUCUAAAAAGAUUCCUUAAAAAACAUAAUUCUCAUGAGAAGGAUGAUUUUUUUAUUAAAGAUUCAGAAUUUUAG